AUGAAAUAAUCUAACGAAAAGCUUAAACAAGCUGAGCUAUUAGCAAAGUAAUAAUAGUAGAAUGAAACGUUGUUGGCCCAAGCCCUUAAUUAUUUCACCAAUCCUUCAGUCUAAACUUCAGAAUUAAUUGAAUCGUUAAUGCAUAUAUAAUUUCUCAAAAAUAAUUGUCCUGAAGGAAUGCAAUUACAUGAUUUUGUAAUGCAGGCUGCGAAAUAUGUAAAGUUUGAGACCUUUUCAUUUGGUCAAAUAAUUUUUAAUUACGGGGAGUUUGGGGAUAAAAUGUAUAUAAUUUUAAAAGGACAGGCUGGAGUUUAUGUUCCAAAAUCAAAGGAUGAUAUUGAAGAUGAAUUGAAUCUAUUAAACAGUAAGAAGAGUAAGAAAUUGCUUUUUUAAGAUGAUGCGCUAUUUGAAAAUAGAAACAACUAAAAUUACUAUCAAAACGGAAUUUAUCUGUAUCAUAAAGUAUUCCAAUAUUUCUCUGGUUAAUGUUUUGGAGACGUUGCAUUAACAUCUGACAAGCCAAGAUCUGCAAGUUUAUUGGUAAUUUCUGAAGUUUUGCAUUGCAUCUCUAUAAAUAGAUAACAAUACAAAUAAAUGUGUGAAAAGGCAAUUCAAGAAUAAAAUAAAACUAUGGAAUUGUAUCAAAGGAUUCUACAUGGUAUUUCUCAAUUCAGUAUUUCAAAAUUUAUUUAAAAUUUAAGACCAAUAUCAUUUGUUUCUUAAUCUAUACUUUGGGAAAAAGGACAAGAACCAUAAUAUUUAUUAAUAAUCAUGAGGGGAAGAGUAGAACUAUAUGUAAAUUUGGAUGAUUCUCAAGUUAUUUAAAAUAAAACAGCCUCAAGAGCAUUCACAAUCAAACUAAAACGAGUCGUGUUGAGUCAGAUCACUAAUGGACAUUUUGUUGGGUAAGAGGAACUAUUGGAAGACAUCCCCCAAAGAAAGUACAAUUGCUAAUGUGUUGAUAACACAGAGGCCUAUAUCAUGGAAGCUGAAACCUUUAAAAAAAUAAGAAAGAAUUUUCCUGAUAUUAUGAAUCUUCUGAAAAAUAUUACAACUUAAAAUAAGAACUACGUAGAUCAAAGAUUAGCUAGUGUUGUAAAGAGCAUUUAAAGUUACUAAGAUAAAAUUAAUAAAGAACCUAUGAAUAGAACAGAGAAACGGACAUUUUAUGAAUGUUUGAGUCUCCAAUAAAUGAGUUAAGAAUAAACUAAGGUGCUUAGAUCUGGAAAUAAAAAGUUAUUGACACUUUCCUAAAGCAUUAAAAGGAAGGUAGAGACUUUCUAAUAAAAAUACAAAGAUAAAUCUCCAAAGGAUUUAAUAAUAACAAAUCCUGAAUUGUAAUAAACCAUACAAGAACGUUAAGAUAGGUUAUAUUACAUAAAUAAUAAGAAACAACAAAAUAAUAGACCCUGUCAUUAGGAAGGUUUUAGUUUAUCAAAUGAAAUUAAAAACUUCAAAUUAAAUUUUUCCAAAUCUUCUUAGAGAUUCUAAUAAUCAGAUUAAAAUUAAAUUGAUAGCAAUUUUGUAUAGCAUAGUUCUCAAUGUAUUUCUGAAGCAGCACUAUCACCUUUAAGCAAAACAUCAUUAUAAUUUUAAAUAACACAAUUUAGUGAUAUUUUAAAAAAAAAAUAGCACCUUUUAUUGAAAAUGCAAUAAACUAUGAGGCAGAGUAAUAAAAGUUAUCUUUCUAUUCGAAAUAUGAAGAGCCUACACUCUCAAAAUAAUAUUGGUAAAAUGAUCAAAACAGACGUUAGUUUCAUGAAUGAACAAUGCGUAAACAAAUAUGAGAGAUCCUUAUAAUCUCUUCCCAAAUUAUUAUUAUAAGAAAAUGAAGAAAAUUGA